AUGGACAAACUCGAUAAAAUAAUUGCAUAAUUAGAUGAGUUAGAGAUAAGUCAAAAACACAAAGAAGUCUAGAUUAAACAUAAUCAAAAUUCUUUAUUGUUAAGACUACCUAAAGUAAAUCAAUUAAUAAACUAAAAGGUGAUAUUAAUUCAAAGGAUUUGUGGAUUUUUAGAUGAUCAAGAUCUAUACAGAUUUACGGCUACUUGUUCUACUAUGAGAAAAAUAAUGUUUUCUCCUUUGGGAUUUAAACUAUUAACUUUAAGUAGAAACGCAUUACAUAUUGUUGGAGGAAACAAAUAACAAUAACAAAUACUAAAGUAAGAAAAAUAAGAAAUUGGGUCGAGUGGAAAUUAGUCUGAAAAUAAUAAUAGUGUUUUUGAUUCAGAAGAAGAUGCUUUGGCUCAAUUACAGGCUUUAAAAUCUGUGAAAGAAUUUUUAACAACAAAAUUGCAAUAAUCUUAAGCUUAAAUACAAAAUAUUGAGGAUUUGAUAACUGAUUCCUCAGAUACAUUGAAAUAUGAAAAAUCAGUCAAUAUGAAAUUGUAAUCCAAAAUUAAUAUACUUCAAAACCAACUCUCCAUUUCUGAAUUAUAAAGACAAGAUGUUAAAGAAAAUUUAUCUGAAUUAAAUUCUGAAUACAAUAAAAUAGUAAUUCUUAUUUCUAAUUUAGAUAAGCUAAAUGGAAUAGGAUAGAGUAUUACUCUAAGAUGAAAAAGAUAAAUUAUUGGGACAUAAGAAGGUACUUAUUCAAGAAGUUUACAGAUUAAGAGGAAUGGUUUCUUAAAUGGAAGAGGAUCAAAAUAAUUAUUAAUCAGCUUUAAAAUAAAUUAAAGUUUUUAUGGACACCAUAGAUUUGAAACCCAUUUGA